AUGUCAGCCACCCCUCCUCCUCCGCACGACGCGAUGCUUGUCGAUGUCCCACCAGCUCGUCGCGAGCCAGGAGAGCACGCACCGAGUCACCGGUCGACUCGGGCAGGCAGAGGUCGUCCCGGAAGGGGACGAAGGGACCGUGGAGGGCGUUACCCCCCUCCACAACGACUUGAUGAGGACGCUGAUGCCCUAGGAGCAUUCACGCGUCACCGACCUAGACCCCAUACCGCUGCUCAGGUCAUUGCUGAAGUCACCAGCAACGCCGCUACCAUCCUAGCCCCCGUUCCCGCACAUCCCAUACCUGCGACAGACCCCGGACCUGACGUCGAAGAGAUCAUCGCAGCUGCCGAGCAGCUCGACCUCGAACAGGCCUCGCGUAUGCCGGAUGUCACCACCGAGGACGUUUUCGGUAGACUUAUCCUUAUUAGUAUAUUGAUAGUCAAUGUACUCACCUUAGUCCUUCUCUCAGCUGCCUUCGCGUCCCUUGGACCUUCGCGCGAGAACUAA